UUCUCGCUGUGUUUGCUUGCUAGAGCGUCGCGAGUCGACCACAAUCCUCACAAGCUUCUCUCUCACAGCUGAUUCUCAUCCUACUAUCAGCGAGCUGAAUUUCCUUAUCCUUCUCAACAAUUUCGAACAACAGUAGCUCGAUUUCGUCAAUUCUGAAACUCUAGGGUGAUUUUGGAGCAUCAUCAAAUGCAUCUUCAAGCUCAAACUCUCACGAAUCAGUUCCCGCCUUCUGUCGUUCCUCUAAAAUCAACCUCGAAAUCUCGAUUCGCUCAUUCAAGUGCAUGCCGGUUCCAUAGAGUUUCGUAUCGGGCUUUGAAAUGUUCUGUUACGACGAUUUCCGAGUCGGCCCCAACGGAGUUGCGGAAUGUGAAGCCGUUUCCAGCCGAGGUUUCGAGGACGAUCAUGGAGCUGUCUUCUGUUGGAACGCUUUCUUCUUUGAGCCAAGAGGGAUGGCCUCUCGGCGUUGGCGUUCUAUUCGCUGUUGACCAAGAUGGUACGCCUCUUUUGAGUUUGAAUGAAUCUUUGCCGGAGUCUAUCGACAGGAGGUCCAGCCUCCAUGUUCAGUUGGAACAGUGUGGAUUGCGGACUCCUCAGUGUACAAUUCAAGGAAGUAUUGGCAAACCAGACAAUAAAAUGAUUUUAAAGCGGCUUCAUACUACAUGGAGAAAAAGAUUUGGAGAAGACAUUAACGAAGAUCUUCUGUAUAUUGUUACAGUGGAGAGGGUAUUUCAGAUUGAUGACUUUGGGGAGGUUGGUGUUUGGGUAAACUCUUCAGAUUAUAAAACUGCAAGCCCAGAUCCUCUUCGAAAUUGUGCAGAAAAGCUAGUGGAUGAGAUAAACACAAACAACGCGGAAGAUGUUAUUCGCUUUUGCAACAUAUAUGCUGAUUUGAACUUACAGUUUACAGAAGCAAAACUGAUAUGGGUAGAUCGGUUAGGCUUCGACGUGCGCGUAUUCUCUCCUCGAAAUGGGACAUUUGAAAUCCGAAUUCCGUUUCCGAGGGAAGUUACAGAUGAGAAAGGUGCAAAGUCAACAUUUAACGGCAUGUCUCAACAAGCGUGGGAGGUUGAAAGAAAUUUCCAGGCUCCAGAUUUUGAGAGGGUGAAGCAAUUCAAGAUGAUAAAACCAUUGCAGAGUGUAGAGUAGCUACGAUGUGCUUUUCUUUUCUUACUCUCUUUAAAACUUUUGCCAUUUAUGAAAGAGCUCGAGUGUUGCUUAAGGUGUGAAAAUGAGAAGUUUCGUUAUGACCAAACCCAGGGUAGAACAGCUUGUUUUUUUAUAUUCUCACAUAUUCUUAGUUAAAGUUGACCCAAGCAGUAUAUUUGAGAUUUAAAAAUCCGCUCUAAGCAUAAAGGUUUGAAAUGUGAUUUUAAA